AUGGACCUGGUGCAUUCCAGCUAUGUGACCUGUAGCCGUGGCCCCUGCGUCCGUCAUCACCGUGCUGUGGCACGUGUGGUGCGGCGCGCGGAGGAUGACGUCAGCCGGCGUGGCCCGCUGUCGGUUGCGGCUCUGGCCCUGGGUGCCCUGGCGGUGGACGCGUCGCUGCGGCGCAGCGCACGCUAUGCGCCCGCGGGACCGGUGAUUUGGCCGCCCAAGCUGUUCAAAGAGACGCUGAGGAAAGAGCUUGUCAAAGGAGAGAUCUGGGGGAUCGAGCAAGUGAUUGCAUUCUUCACGGUCUCGGCCAACAUCCGCAUGUUGGUGGUUCGCCUUCAAGAUGGCAAACUGUGGGUGUGUGGUCCUAUCGCUCCCACGCAGGAGUGUUUGAAUCUCCUGGAUGAACUGGGGGAGGUGGGGCAUUUGGUGGUGCCUGGAACGGCCUUGGAACACAAAUCCUCUUUGGCGGACUUUGCGCGUAUCUAUCCCAAGGCCUCCGUCUGGGUUUCACCGGGCCAGGGUGCCUCACCCACGGAUCCGCCUUUGGGACCGCGCAUCGAUGGUGUACUUGGAAGGUCCUCAGCGCCGUGGGAGAAUGAGAUCGAAUGCAAGGUCUUCUAUGUGGCACCACCUGAAACCGCUGGAACCUAUGCAGAGACUGCCUUCUUUCACAAGAAGACAAAGACGCUUCUGUUGACUGAUGCGGUCUUGAAGGUUCCCCAGCAGCCGCCUGAAAUCCUGGCAUCCUAUGGUUACGAUGGAACGCCGCGCGAGCUUUCAGAGGCAGAGUGGUACUACAAGUUCUUGGCCUUCAAUUUCCUGGAACUUCGCGGCCAAGAUCGACAAGACUUUGAUGCCUUAGCCAAGGCCAAAGGAGUUGUGAGCCCCAUCUUGCGCUUCACACUGUAUCCCAUUUGUCAAGCCCAGGCCCUCCGCUGGGUCACCUCGGUGGCUGCAUGGCCCUUCCGGCAGGCGCUGGCGGCGCACCUGGCAGAGGGGCCCUUUCCGUUGACGCCACAGGACUUCCUGGAGGCUUUCGGCUUUCUACAGCAGCGCCGCAGCAGCUGGGAACCCGAGGCGGCACAGCUGGUGCGGCUCAGGCAGGCGGCUGAGACCUUGGAUGGUCCACAGGCACUGGAGAGUCCAAUUUGGACACCCUGGCUCUGA